GUGGAGGAGGCAGGGCAUGUCUUCCUCCUGAUGAAGAAAGACUAUCGCAUCUCCCGCAACGUGCGCCUCGCCUGGGUCCUCAGCCGGCUUCACCAGGUCAUCUGGGCUGUGCCCGAGCCGGAGCUGGUAAAGUCAGAAAAUGAACUUGAUGUUCUCAGCAUCCUGCCUAACGGGUGGCAGCCAGACGAACCCAUCCAGCCCAGGCCCUAUCUCCUCGUGCCCUCUACACGGGUCACCUUCCUGGCGCGCCAGUACCGAUUUGUGAUUGAACUUGAUCUGAGCCCUUCCACGGGGAUUGUGGAUGACUCAACAGGGGAGAUAAUUUUUGAUGAAGUGUUUCAUGCCCUUUCCCGAUGCUUGGUGGGAUUGUUAAGACCCUUUCGUAUCCCUGGUUCAGACAUUAUCUACCAGCCAGAGAUCUUUGUCACCAUCCAGGCGUAUUCCUCCAUCAUUGGCCUGCAGUCCCAUCAGGUACUAUUCCAGGGCUGUCAGCUGGAUGAGACGAAGCGAGAAGCCUUUCUGCACCAAGUUUACACACAGCUAUGUGCCUUUGAGAACAAAGUGGCAGAGAUGCUCCAGCAACAGUAUGAACCCAAACCGCAGGUGGAUUUAUCACCCCUGAGCCAAGAGAGCCCUGGUGACAUGCUGGAGUCAUCUGGGAGGAAGCCCAGCGUGUCUGUUGUCACUGCCGAUGUUGGCCUCGUCAGCAUGGUCCGGCAGGGGAUCCUAGCGCUGCAGCUGCUGCCCUCCAACUCCAGCGCAGGUAUAAUAAUAAUUACGGAUGGUGUGACUAGUGUCCCUGAUGUGGCUGUAUGCGAGACUUUACUCAACCAGCUCCGCAGUGGCACAGUGGCCUGCUCCUUUGUGCAGGUGGGCGGUGUCUACUCGUAUGAUUGCAGCUUUGGCCAUGUUCCCAAUGUGGAACUGAUGAAAUUCAUCGCCAUGGCCACUUUUGGUGCUUACCUCUCCACGUGCCCUGAGCUGGAUCCUCUGAGCCUGGAUCUGAAUGUGUAUCACAAGGCAUUUCUGCUAUACUCCUUUCUGCGCACUGGGGAGUCACUGAAUCCAGAAUACUACUGCGUGUCCCAGCACAGACUGUUCAAUGAGCACCUGGUGUCUGCAAGCAGUAACCCUGCUCUGGCAAUGAGGAGGAAGAAGCACACUGAGAAGGAGGUGCAUGCUGACCUCGUGAGCAUUGUCUCAGUCCGGCUGCGCGAGGGCUACAGCAUCCGUGAGGUCAACAUCACAAAAG